UAGUACUAUUACACUGUUCGAUUCCCGCUCAGCUGGACAGUACGUGUCUAAAAAGUUUAUCUAUAUAUUCAUUUUGUUAAUAAAUCAGUUGGGUGAUGACACCAAUCAUUGCAUACUUUCUUGGAAUGGAAGUCAUGGGACUCGCACCGUUAUUACUUGAACUCAAUAACAAGUACGAUGUUCUAUUGAUACCAGUACAGAAAAUUCCGAUCAAAUCAAAAAAUGUGAUCUACUCGCCGAUGCAGAGGCAGCGUUAUUCAAAAAGAUUCAAGAAAGACGAUGCAGACAGAAUCGAUUUUGACUCUUAUGAGGAUAGAGGGACAGAUGUAGCUAAUAGAGAUAGCUCCGAGUACGGAAAUAAUCGUGAUGGUGAAAGAGUGGGAGAGUUUAGAGCAUACGACUUUGAAUCUAAUUACGGUGACGAUAAGAUUGUUGGUGGAUUUGAAGUUGAGAUCAAUUUGUAUCCCUAUCAUGUUGGGUAUGGAUCCAACUGUGGUGGAGCUAUUAUUGAUAAGAGAUGGGUCUUAACUGCUGGACAUUGUGGCAAGAAGUCAUACAUAAGGGCGGGCUCAAAAUAUAUAAACCAGGGAAAGAAAAUUAACGUAAAGAAAGGAUACGUACAUCCAAUGUGGACAGCGAAGAAGAAGGAACAUCCAUUUGAUUAUGACUUCCAAUUGCUGGAACUAAGCGAGCCUUUGAAAUUUGAGGAGAACAUACAGCCGAUAAAGAUAGCUCAUAUCGAAGACAUGGUUAUUGGAAAAGUUAUUACAGUUACUGGUUGGGGAAAUACUGAGGAAAAUGGUCCAUACUCAAACGUACUCCGUGCCGUCAGGGUGCCGAUAAUUUCAAAGGAACGCUGCCAAAAUGUGCCGUUCCCAUAUUUCAGAGGAAGUUUGACAGCCAGAAUGUUCUGUGCGGGCUAUGCGGAAGGAAAGAAAGAUGCGUGCCAGGGUGACUCAGGUGGACCAGCGGUAGCAUACGACCGUCUUCUCGGAAUGGUUUCCUUCGGCUAUGGAUGCGCUACUCCAGGCUCCUAUGGAGUAUACAGCAAGGUUGCUAAAGUCAGAACAUGGAUUGAACAGACCACAGGAAUCACAUUCGAUUGAUUGAAGAUUGGAUUUUGUAACCAAAAAUAAAUUAUUUAGGAACAUCA